AUGGGCACAGAGCCAGAAUACCGGGUGUAUCCGUGGACGGUCCGUCGCUGCCGGGAGCUGGCCCGCUGCCGGGAACUGAAUGUGGAUGGGCUCAUCUGCGAUGAUCCAGCCAUAUCUAUUCCGGGCUGCGGCAGAAAGCGGCCGGCACCGGCCACGCUCGCACAGUCUGAUGCCCGGGCCCCUGUCCGGGCAUCAGACUGUGCGAGCGUGGCGCAGGAAGUGGAGUACCGGCCAUUUUUGCAGUAUGAUAGGGUGCCUGGCCGCAUUCACGAACAACGCUCAGGCGUUAUUUCGGGAGGCCCUGCUCAUCGGGCCUCCGGACAGCCACUCACCGCAGUACGUUCCAGAGGGAACAGGACCUCCACUAUGCCAUACAUCCCCGCCAGCUACCCGGCACAACAGCUCACACCCCGCAUUGCCCAUAUCGGUCCGGGAGCCUUUCACCGCGCCCAGCUGGCCUGGGCCUGCCACGAACUGCUGCAACAGGACCCCGACUCCGGCUGGGGAAUCUGUGCCCUGUCGCUGCGCGGCCACACACAGGUCCUGGAGGCUCUGGAAGCACAGAAUUACCGGUAUCUGCUGGCUAUCCAGGGCAAAGAGCACAGCAGAGUCUGUGAAGUCGGCUCGAUUGUGCGCUGUCUGGAUGCCGUGCGCGAUGGCCUGGCCGCAGUGCUGACCCAGCUGGCCAGUGCCGAUAUUAUCAGUCUGACCAUUACCGAAAAGGGCUACUGUAUCCAUGGUGCAGACCGCUCUCUGGAUGAAGGGCAUCCCGAUAUCCAGCACGAUCUGAGGCUGCAAUAUCCUGCCGCUCCCUGGAAUCUUCCCGGAGCGCUCUACUGCCCCGCACGGUACUGGGUUUUCUGCGCUGGCCAUGGCCGCCGCCAGCGCGAACAGGCCGGUGCUCCGGCCCUGCUUUCCUGUGAUAAUAUCCCCUCGAACGGCCUGGUACUGAGGGCCGCUCUGCUCCGUUUUCUGGAGCUGCUGGAGCUUUCCAGCCCGCCCUGGCCUGCUUCUCUGAGAAACUGGGUCGAAGAGCAGUGCAGGUUUCCCCUGCACAUGGUCGAUCGCAUCACGCCGGCAGUCAGCGCGCAGACUCUGACGCAGAUUGCAGAGCUGGCCGGCCACUCCGACCCGAUUGCCCUGGCCACCGAAGAGUUCAGCCAGUGGGUCAUUCAGGAUGCUGGGCAGGAUUUUCCAGCGGGCCGACCGGCCUGGGAGCAGCUCAGCGGCGUGAGCAUCGCAGCCAGCGCAGCCGAAGUGAUGCUCUACGAAGAGCUGAAGCUGCGCAUGCUCAACGGCUCACACAGCUUUCUGGCGUAUUGCGGCUACCUGGCGGGUAAAACCUCUAUUUUUGAAUGCAUGCAGGAUGAGGUGCUGCGCACGGCCUGCCAGCGCUUUAUCACCGAAGAGCAAGGCCCGACCCUGCAUCCCCCCCCAGGGGUGGAUGUCCGGGCCUACGCCGAACAACUGAUGGAACGCUACAGCAACCCCCAUAUCCUGCAUCGCUGCCAUCAGAUUGCCAUGGACGGUUCGCUCAAAAUACCUCAGCGCUGGCUGGAUGCGUACCGCACUGCUGCACCAGAAGCCCGGCAGCCGGGAAACUGGCGUUUUUUAUCCUUUGGGCUGGCCGCCUGGCUGCAAUACCUGCGCGCUACCGACCUGAACGGCCGGGCCAUUGCAGUCCAGGACCCGAAUGCCGCCACCCUGCGCCAGCUGCUUGAACAGGCCCCGGCGGGAGCAGAAGCACGGGCACUGUUUUCCUUUGUGCCGACUUUUGGCGAUUUGAGCGAAGAGCCGCCCCUGAUCGAAAAGGUUCAGGAACAGUACCAGAAAAUACACGCUCAAGGCUUGUUACCAGCUCUGAGCCACCUGCUAAGGAAUUAG